UUUGACGUGGAUCGUCAUUCCGCAACUGGUGUAGUACACUACUGGUCGACUGUUUUCAAUAUAAAAUUGUGAAUUAACUAAUUCUACGUUACCACUUAUAUCAUGAGAAGGCUCAUAUUUGUGUUCGUAAUUAUACAUUCUUGUAUAAUCUCAAAAGCUCAAGAUCAGAUACAAUUUGUUAAAACCGAUGAAGAUAAAGCCACAGUAACAAACGUAAAAUGCGGUGCAAACAAUCCGAGCGGUCUUGUAUUCCGAUUCGGCAACGGGCUGGCUGACUUUGGAGAAUACCCAUGGAUGGUUGCAAUUAUUAAGAUCUCCGACACGUCAUCGACACAGUGGUCCGACAAAGACUACUUGAGCGCCGGAACUCUCAUACAUCCCUCCGUCGUACUCACCAGUUCGUACGGCUAUGAGAAAAUUAAACCUAAUGAGCUUAAAUGCCGAGCGGGCGAAUGGAACAAAAAGGCGGAAGAUGAGAACUACCUCCAUCAAGAAAGGAACGUACGAAGAAUUGUCACCCAUAAGGAUUAUUUUAAAGAUUCGUUCUAUAACGCAGUAACAUUAAUGUUUCUGGAAAAACCAUUCGAUUUGAAUGAGGCGCCGCACGUGGGCGCAGCGUGCGCGGGCCAGGCGCUGCCGGAGCCGGGGACUCAGUGCUUCGGCACGGGGUGGGGCAACGGAGCCUUCACUAAUGAAAGUGACAUACUCAAGAAGAUACCAGUUAAUCUACUAAGUGUUGCUGACUGCGAAACAAAAAUGCGAGAGACGAGAUUAGGGGAGAUAUUCCGUUUGCACGAGAGUCUCACUUGUGCGAGCUCUGCCGACGAUACUUGCAAGACUGAAGUGGGGGCGCCACUUGUCUGUCCAGUAAAGGGUGAAAGUACGAGAUACGUGUUGUACGGACUAAGCGCGUACCGUAUUCAGCAAGAUGGCGCCCCUUGCGCUUACGUCAAUGUUCCCGCCUUUUACAGCUGGAUAGGCGAGCGCAUGGCUGAAGAAGGCUUUAAAUCUGACUCAUAUACUUACGUACCUUAAGUGUAAUAAGCAUGUUGAAAUAAAAAAAAGAAUACA